CUGGUCGUGGUGGCGGUGGCCCAAUACUCCCCAAAGAGCUGAAAGGAAAAAGAAAAGAUGUCCAAAAUUGUCUCCAGUGUGGACCGGGUCUGUUUAUAAUUUGCUACACAUUUGGGAGGAAAGUUGUUAAAUUAAGUAAUCGCUUCAAAGCUGUGUGUGUUCAGUAGGUCAGAGGUCUCCUGGAGCGCUCAGAAGUGCUAGGCGCGUGCACGUUCAGUACAGCCUCGCUGGUAGAUUUGGGUCGUGCGCAGUCGUUUCAUACGACCUGCGUAGUCGUUUCAUACGUUUCCACUUGACCGUCUCUUCCUCCUGUGUAGCCUUUCCUCUUUAAGGUGCGUCUGGACACUCAGUGCUGCACUGUCUGUUUAUUGCACGAGACAGAACCGGCAGCCAAAAGAAAGCUCAGUAGGAAAGGAGUUUUACAGCUCGCAGUUCAAAUGUAGGCUCUCUGUGACCCUCCUGGGUGAGAACGUCUCACCAGAGCCAUCCCCCACAUACCUACCUCUCGCGCCAAUGAAGAUAUGAAGGAUAUUUUGGGGAUUUUUUCAUCUUUGGUGAAUAUUUUACUUAAACGAGGGGAGAUGUAGACAGGAGGCACUAGGGCAACGUCUGCCAUGGUUUGCAAUGACUCAAGGAGUAGUGGGCAGGAGGCUCGUCUGAUUUACGCCGUGACGCUGCCCCUGUCCACCGCCAUCAUGCUGGCUAACCUGCCGAUCAUCCUGGGCAUCGCCUACAGCCGUCAGCUCCGCAAUCCUCCAGGCUACUUCUACCUCAGUCUGCUGCUGGCUGACGUGGGCAUGGGCGUAGCUCUGCCCUUCAUCCCCUGGAUGGCGCUGGGCCGUGCCCUCCGCUUCUCCGCCUGUCUGCUGGUCCACGUCUUCCCCAACUUCCUGUUCCUAGCCUUCGUCUCCAACCUGCUUCUGGUCCACUACGACCGCUACGCUAGCAUUGCCAGCCCGCUGCAUCGUGCCCGUUCCUGGUUGUACCGUCGUCACUGCCUGACCCUGCUGGCCGCGUGGCUCCUCCCUCUGCUCUUUGCCCUGAUGCCCGCGUUUGGCUGGAACGGCCGAGAAGAGCGAGGCACCAACACAACCGCUCCGCCUGGUUGCGGGCGGCCAUGGCCGCCCGGAGACUCCUGCUGCACGUACCGAAGCGUCUUCCCUACUGCUUUCAUCUACCUCGAGGUGUACGGCCUGCUGGUGCCUGCCAUCCUCGCCAUCGCGGUCAUGACCGGCCGGGUGCUAUGGAUCACGCGUGGGCAGCUCCGGGGUAUCCAGCGGCUGGAGCGGGCAGUGGGUGACGCUGGGCGGCACCGGAGGCUGGAGCUACGCUACGCCCGCUGCGUGGCAGCCGUCACCCUGGCGUUCCUGGCCUGCUGGAUGCCUUACAUGGUCUACAUGCACGUCUGCAUGGCCUUCCUGCACCGCCGUGGUGAGCAAGGCAACACCAGGGCCCACACUGUGCUCCUGUGCACUGGGAUCGCUGGAAUGGCUUCUGUGCCCCUCCUGUUGGGACUUGCCAACAAGGACUACACCGACGCUGCUAGGAGACUGAUGGGUAAACUGUGGCACCGCAGGUCCAGGACACACCGGCAAAGGAACAUAGACCUUUGGGUAUUUCACAGUUAAAUCCAGGGCUUGUUGCCAGCAAUAUACCGCAAGUUUAGCAGUGUCAUUGUUCAGAUAAGCAGGAUGGAUUAUGAUAUUAUGUGAUUUUUAAAAUUUACUUGUUUUAUAACCCAGUCCUCUGCAUUGCAUUGUUGCGAUUGGGCUCUUGAUAAUUGUUGGAUGGGGUUCGUGAUUGUUGCUCUGGAUGCAGUACUCUGUUGUGAGGAUCUCCAGAAAGUUUUGAAUUGUUUGGAACUUCAGCUACAGAAUUUCCAGUAAUUUAGUCCUUCCAUGUGUCUUUUCUUCGGGCCACAGGCUUAUAGAACAGGACGGCAGGAGCAGCCCUGUAUGCUGACCCACCAACUCUAUCAGCAGCUAGUAGGAUCAGGAUAUUCAAACGCUGAAGGGCUCUUAUGUAAACUAUUUUGAACAGAGUCCUUUGUUAAAUAAUGAAUUAUUUCCAACCUGUGAUGAUAUUUUGCCUUUUAAAGCUGUUAUACUGUAACGGUGAGUUUACUGCAUAGACUGAGGUUUUUUUCCCCCCCUAAUGGCCUGGAUUCCAUUGCAAUUUAAGUCAAAUCGUGGUGGUGGAGCCCUCAGGUACAAUAUGAACAUUUGCAUUUGUUACGAAGUGUUUAAGAACCAGAGAAGACGACACUGGUGGAGGCACUCGUUACGUGUCACUCUCGCAUCGUCUGUUUUAGAAUUUAUUUCAUAAGGUGAAAUUAAAAGUUACACUGAGGGUGUACAAGUCAUUUCAUAUUUACAGGCCACAAAAAUUUUA